AUGGCGCCUGCUGAUCGCCGCGAACAUCGACAACAGCGCGUGCGCGGUGCAGGGCCUUCGACUGUCCAGGCGUCUUUUGGUUUCAACUUCGGCGCUCUGGGCGCAAAGCAAGCUUCCCUUCCCCCUCAGCGCUCUGGGAGACGGUCACGAACACCUGUACACAACACGCCGCGCAAUGUAGCCGGAUCAGCGAGACGGCACCGCAGCGUGUCAGCACAACGAAGCGUAAAAUCGCAACGUAAUGGUACACCUAUGAACAAUGAUGCUACGCCGCGACUAGGAAAGAGAAAGCGCGGAUCGUCGCAGCCAGUACCGGACGCUAGCCACGAGGAGGACGAUGAAUUGAGUCCAGACCGCGCUGAGAAUCUGCGCUCUGUUGAGAAGAGUAGGAGAGUCGCUCGACCAGUGUCUCUAGUACGUGAGGAACCGGACGAGGCGCCAGAUGAGUUGUCGAUUAUAGACGAGGUCCCAGCCACAGCCAGCAGGACGCCAGGCAACGUGACAGGCCUGACGAACCGUGCCACCCCAUCGGCAAUUUCACGUCAACAGACAUCUCGAAGGUCAAAGUCCACGGACAUCGUUCCCGUCACGCCGGGCAUGCAACCACAUAGCAGCUCCAGACACUCGUUCGUACUGUCGACAACAGUAGAGAAUACGGCGUCGAACGCUUCACAACCCGACGACGAAGAUGCAGACGAGCUCUCGCCGCCACAGAUCGACACCACCACUCCAAGAAUAGUGUCGAGAGUAUCAAUACCAAAUGAUACACCCCGUGAAGGCGAAGAGGAGGAGGUUGACGAGCUGUCACCUACACAGGCAACCGUAUCGACAGCAAUAGCAUCAGUCGUCCGAGGUCAAACUUCAGCAACCCCCGUACCUGUGCGGAGCGUCGUGCGUGGCAGGCCGCGCAAGGCUGCCCAAGCGACCGAGAUCGAAGCUCUAGUCCUACCGUCAACGCGUAAACCCACACCCAAACGGAAUGCGAACGCGGUGAUUGCAGAAAAAGAGGGCGACGAACAACAAGACGAGCUGUCCCCAGGGAAUGAACGAACGACACAGGCGACACCGAAACUUGCGAGACUAGUUGAAGAGGAGGCCCAUGGGUCUGAAGAAGAGUCAGACGUGUACGAGGAGGAAUCAGAGCCCGAGGAGGAUACUCGAGAGCCAACGCCUAAACCCGUCGCCAAACACAUAUCUCCAAAGCAGGCACAAUACGCAAAACCCAGCGAGAAGCCGCCACGUAAACGACAGAAGAUCCUUGGGCCUAAGCUUGCAAUCUCGGUCAUGCGUAUGAAAGGUUAUGGGGUGCGAGGUAUCACCGUGGCGGACACGACACGUACCCUCAUCGAAGAAGCGAUUGACCAUCGCCUAGGCAGAAUGUUGGGAAAGAUGCAGGCAUCACAAGAUUCAGCACGCCGAAAAGAGAUGCGAAGUGAAAUCAAUCUGGCUUUGUCGUUCAAAGAGAGUCUGGACGAGAAGCUGCUCGAUCUACAAGACGCCAACGACGUUCUGACGACCAACCUGAAGAAAAUGAAGAUAUUCAAGCGCGACAAUGCCGAGCUUCGGAAAGAUAUAUUAGCCCUGCAGAAUGGUCGACAGGAAAUAGCUCUCGAGCACGAUGAUGUUCAGGCCGAGUUUGAGGCGGAAAAAUCAAGAGUCGAGGCUCGAAAUAGCUUAAGUGCCAAUUUGUUCGACAUCGAAGCUGCUAUCCAGAACGGCCGCAAAAAGGCGAAGCAUGAGCGAAGAGAAGACGAGGGCCCGGAUGUGCCAUUGAGCAUGCUGCUUGAAACCGUCAGCAGAGACGUAGGCUCGGUUGGCGGAGGGCUUUUCGCCAACGUAAAGAGCUUCAACAGUGCGUUGGAGAGGGCGGCAGGCUGGCUUGAAGGCAGGGCAUAG